CUGGAGGAGGGUUCGCUACGUUUACCUUAUCGCAGUAUCUGCCCAGAACUGAAGGCUGACGUCAACAGGAAACAAUGAAGGGUUCGCAGCGGUGGAAAGAGUCCCCGUCCAGGAGUGACCCUUCGGAAUUCACCAAGAAGGAGAAGGAGAAGAUGGCUGAGACGGAGCUCCGGAAGCUGCAGCAGCAGUUUCGGAUCAUGGUAGAAAGACGGAAGUCUUUUGGUGUCAAGGCUCAACAGCAAAUGUACCAUCAGGAAAAAGAAAUAUAUUCACUGAAGCAGGAUCAUGAAGAGAUUGCAUUACUCUUGAGCCUCACAAAGUCACAGAGGAAUAUGAUGUUAGAUGACAGAAAUUGUAUGGAGCUUAAAUUUCUUUUACAGACCAAAGAGGAAUAUGAUUCUCUGAUUAGAGCAACAAAAGCCCUGAUAGCUGAACUUGACGAUAAGGUAGUGGAGAUGGAAAAAAAGAUCAAAACCCAAAAAUUGGUUGUAGCAAAGGUGAAACAAGUGAAUGAUAGCAAAUGGCUGCAAAAGCAGAUUCAGAUGCUGGAGAAUCGCCUAAACCAUGUCACUGUCCAUUUCGACACCAUCCUGACCACGAAUGCCACACUCAGAGAAGAGAUUGAAAACCUGCGAUGUCAGAAAGCUAUUUUUGACAACUUCUAUUCAAAACUUCAUAAAACACUAGAUCAGCAGAAGAAAACAAUGGACACUGCAAUUGAGCAGUCCGGCCAAGCAUACGAACAGCGGGUGGAGGCCUUGGCACGGAUUUCCGCCAUGAAGGAAAGGCGCUGCAAAGACAUCGCACAGUAUAAUGUGGAAUUCAGGGAACUGGAACGUGUCUUUGACCACGAGACCAAGCUGAAAGCCUUUAUGCUCAUCAAAUUAGUGGAUCGCUCAGACUUUGAGGAACAGGCCAAAAGGGAAGAAGUCCUCAAGGCAAGCAAGUGGGCCAGAAAGAGCAAAGGCGAAAGCUUUGAGAGCUAUGAGGUGGCUUACAUGCGCCUGCUGAAGUUGAGCGAGGACGGGGACAUUGGCCAGCUGGUGGCCGAUUUCAUCGAGAAAGAGGAGAAGAACUUUGCGUAUUUCAGCUACGUCACUGAGCUGAACAACGAAAUGGAGAGGCUGCAGAAGAACACACAGAACAUUCAGAAUGAAAUUCUUCACUUAAAAUCCCAACAGAAGUUUGCUGAUGACAAAAGCAACACCAGCCUGAAGGAGAUGGAGGAGAAGCUGAAGAAAACCACCGAAGAGGCCAACCUGUAUGAGUACACCUGUAAAGAGAGCAGCAAGGUCCUGGACCAGCUCAAAUCCGCUGUGGACUUUCUGUUUAAACAAAUACACUGUGAGGACACCAAGAUAAUGGAGCAGCUUGGUGAGAGUGGGGAGAUCACGGAUCUGAACCUGAUGCAGUAUUUUGGUAUCAUAGAAAAGAAAACCAAUGAUCUCCUGCUCAUUGAAUCCUUCCUGUGCUAUAAGGAGGUCGAGGGAGAGCAGGAUUCGCUCCCUUUAUUGAAUCCAUUUUUGGGUGGCACAGGACUCCUUAAAAGUACAGAUGCAGCAAAAUUACCCCCAUCUUCCCCUACCAUAGAGCACAUGGCAGAGAACAUAGAGGACUUUGAUUGGCCUUUGGACCAGGGCAGUUUGCGCAACCUGAUUAUUGAGAACUUCGAGAAGGAAAAGUCCAGUGUGAUCUCGCUGGACAAAGAGAAGAAGAAAGGGAUAAUUUUAUAGACCAGGGAAAGCAAAUACACUGGGUAUAAAUAAUAGGUUCUUAAUUCACUUGAAAUCAAAAUCCGAUUCUGUGCUUAAUUUAAACAAAGCUAACUUUAAGUCUCUGGAAUGCUAGUACUGUCUUGUAUUUACAGUAGCCUUUGCCAUCCGGCAGGAUCCCAAACUUAAAACAAAGCUCUACAAAUUAUAGGCAGUCAUCACAUAUAAUGAAAUGCAACCAUUUCUGGGGUGGAAAGGAGGGCAGCAACCAUCUAACAAUAGUUCACAACAGUUUGACUGCUGCACUGGGACUAACGUCCUCUGUGUUGCAAAAUGCUGGUGCUCUAAGUGCAUGGGCAUUUAAUGGCCACAGGUCGGCAUGACCUCACGUUUCCAUCUCCUCUGCCUGUGCAAAUUGCCAUGGGCUCUUCAGUAUCUGCACAGAGCAGGCCGGCCCUGUUUAAAGUCCACACAGAAUAAACCAAGGGAUGGAGGCCUGAAUUGAUGCUGCACUUCCAAGUGUUUCAGACCUGAGAUGAUUCUUCUGUUGGACCGUGACUGCCU